AUGGACCUGUCGAAAAUUCCAGACAUUGCCCAGAUCCGGGCCUUGAUUGGUAACAGCCAGAGGCCGGAUAUCACCUGGGGCGUUCUCAUUUCAACAGUGGUAUAUCUUGUGUAUCUCGUCGUUGACAGAAUUUACAAGCUCUACCUGCACCCUCUAGCCAAGUUCCCGGGUCCACCAGAGGCUUGUCUGUCCAAAAAAUGGCUGCUUCGGGUAUCCGAGGAGGGCAACCCUGAGCGCGUCUUUGAGAAAUUACACGAGAAAUACAACUCGAAAGCCAUCAGAAUAGCUCCAAACGAGUUACACAUCGACGACGUCAAGAUGUACAAAGAGAUUUACAACCAGACUGCGACUUAUAUCAAAGAACCAGACUUCUAUGCCGGAUUUGGAACACCCCAUUCUGUCUUUGUCGAACAUGAUCCCAACCUCCAUAAACAACGAAGACGCCUCCUGAAUCCAUACUUCUCUCGAAGGGCGAUAGGAGGGCUAGAGAACUUACUCAAGGACAAGGUUGAACAACUCGGGAAGCGCAUCGAUAGCCAGAACGGACCUUACAACAUCUUCAACGCUGUGAGAUGCACGACUGUCGACAUCAUCUCUCACUACUGUACUGGAAAGCCUCUUGGCCAACUCGACAACAGCGAUGAAAACUUCAACGGUGAUUUCUUGGAUGCAUUCGAUGCUGUCUCUGCCACUCUCUGGAAGUUCAUGUAUCAGCCCGCCCUCCGAGGUUUCAUGCUUGCUAUACCAUCAGGUAUUGCCAAGAUCGUGAGCAGGGAGGCUAGAUUGAUGAUGAAGCUCCACAGAGAAUGCCAUAAAGCUGCGCUCAACGUCAAACAGAAUCCAUCCAAGUCUAGCCACGGUAUAGUUUUGAGCAGCCUGUCUCAUCUUGAUGAGAAAGAGAUGGGAGCUGAGGCAGUCGACUUGCUCAUUGCGGGAUCGGAUACCACAGGUUACACACUGGCAGCAGCUGUUGUGCAAAUCUGUCAGAAUAACCAGGUCAAGAAGAAGCUCGUGGAAAGUCUCAAUGCAGGAAUUCCUGACGUCAAGAAUUUGCCUUCACUGUUGGGCUUGGAACAAAUCGCGUACCUGAACGCUACCGUCCGUGAAGCAUUGCGAUUCGCUAUUGCGUCUCCCGGAAGGUUGCCGCGUGUCGUUCCUCGAGACAGCAAACCUCUUGUUGUCGACGACAAAUUCAUCCCUGCAGGUAGCAUCAUCGGCAUGUCAGCAUACACUAUGAACUUUAGCAAGGAGCUCUGGGGUAAGGAUGCAGCAGAAUUCAAUCCUGAUCGGUGGUUGGGUGAAGAUGGAAAGAGUCUGGACACCAACAUGUGCUCAUUCUCAAAGGGCCUUCGAAGUUGUCUUGGGCAGAAUCUUGCAUUUGCAGAGAUGCAUUACAUCCUGGCAUAUCUCUUUGCCAAAUAUGACAUAGAACUGGUUGACAAGUCGGAUAACAUCGAGGUACACGAUAGGUUUACAACUUAUGUCACGAAACAUGCCAUUAUGGUAGACAUGAAGAAGCACAAGGUUUAG